GCUCGCAAUAUACAGUAAACACCAUUAGCACCGCGCUUAGUGAGCGAACGAGCGCAAUCUACGCUCGUUUACAUUGGUGUUUCGUCAGAUUUAAAUAAUUUGCCGCGACUAUCAAGUCAUUCUUACCUUCGAGUCGCCGAGUGUCCGAAACGAAAAUUAUAUUUAUUUUUUGCACGCGAAACGACGAUUUUCCUGUACGAUUCUGUGAUAUACAUGUAUAGAUCAUGAUGAGUUUUUUGGUGAAAAUUAUGGACAGCAUUUUGCUGCAGAUCCUUUGGAUCGGCUACAUUAUAUUUAAAAUCCUUCGUCCCGAAAAGGAAAUAGAAAAGCUGGACGACGAUAACGAAGAGAAGUACGAAAUAGCGAGCCCGUUGCGGAGCGAGGCGCAAGGUAAGCGGCAUUUCAUCCACCUGUACACGACGACAUCGUCCAACGGCAAGCCGGUGUGCUACAUGGACGUCUAUCGGAUGAACUCCAAAUCGGAGGAGCAGAAAUUGCGGAACGUUUGCUCCAAAGGCGUGCCCAAUCAGACGUACUUCAGGCACAAGGAGAAACUGACGCCUCGAAACUCGUACAUAUCCAGGGACUGGAAGGACUAUUCCAUAAUGGCCAUUUAAUCCGCCCGAUACGGUGCAAUGGCAGCUUAAUGUCGAAACGGAACGAAGGAGAAUGUUUCUAACAUUCACGCCUUAUUCACGUCCAAAUUGUAUGACUAUAGCGAAAUUUAACAUUUAAAUUUGUUUCUUAUAGCGUACGAAAUUUUGCUGUUUGAUGACUUUCUGUUAUUCAUAGCGGAAAUACGUUGAUUCAUAGCGAAUAUUUUAUUAGCAUAAUUCACUUUGUGCUUAAUUAAACUGCCAUUGGACUUCGAGAAACUUAUGUAUAUCGUUUUCGAUAUUUUUGUAAAUGAUUAUUUAACGACAUAACGAGACGAAUUGCUUUUUUCAACCAGUAAAUAAUUCAUAGUCCAGAAGUUUAAUGCCUUUUGUGUGAGUUGUAUGUCAUAGUACAAGUCUAAAUUCAAGUUUAAUAAAUUGUAAUAAUAAUUUAGACUCCAACUAAAUUUUCCGAUACAACCACUCUUAAGUAACGGGACUAUAAAUAAUAACAUUAUUGUUACCAAAACAAUUUAAUUUAUUAAAGAAAGUUAUAAACUGCAUAAGGUGCAUUAAUUGCACAAGGAGCAGUUGGCAUGUAACUGCGAAUCUUCCAAAGAUGCUUGUAUAAAAACCUAAUUUAAGAUACGACUGAUUAGAUGUAACCAUGACUUAAUUUUAUAAAAUAAAUUGUACAAAAACAA